AUGUUAGACCAAGUUAAUCAAUAUAGUCCUACUCCCUUGUGGUUAGAUUGCGAUCCUGGCCACGAUGAUGCUUUUGCAAUUUUGAUCGCCGCUCAUCACCCAUAUUUGAAGCUUCUUGGAAUCAGUACUGUCCAUGGAAAUGCAUCAUUAGAGAAGACAACCGCCAAUGCCGGCAGCGUCUUGGAAGCGAUCGGAAAGCCUGACAUUCCCGUCUAUCCUGGUAGCAAUAAGCCAUUUUCACGGCCUGCUCUUCAUGCACCUGAUAUUCACGGCGAGUCCGGUCUUGAUGGGACUGACCUUCUUCCCAAGGCCACUAGAGCACCCAUCACCGAUAAGAACGCCAUUGUGGCCAUGAGAGAUGCUCUUCUUGCACAACCCAAAGGAACUCCUUGGCUGGUUGCAACGGGUACAUUGACCAACGCCGCACUGUUGUUUGCCACAUUCCCCGAGGUAGCUGAACACAUCCAAGGGCUGAGCAUUAUGGGUGGUGCCAUUGGUGGAGGAUUCACCGAUGCCCCCAUGAGUAGACUACCUGGUGAGAAGGCUAGGAUCGGAAAUGUGACCCCAUGGGCUGAGUUCAACUUCUAUUGUGACCCAGAGUCUGCUGAGUCAAUCUUUAGCAACCCAGUUCUUGCUUCUAAGACAGCUAUUAUGGCUUUAGAUCUCACACAUCAGGUCUUGGCCACACAGGCUGUUCAAACGCGCAUCUUGUAUGGCUCGAUCCACUCGGCCGAGGAUCCUACUAUCCUUCGGCAGAUAUUGCACGCGCUACUCACUUUCUUUGCUGCCACAUACGAGAAAACCUUUGGUUUGACCACCGGGCCUCCAUUGCAUGAUCCCCUUGCUGUGGCCGCGAUCCUGUCGACGCUGAACCCAGCCUUUGCCAACGUGCACCCCAAUCAAACUCUCGCUUUUGAUGACAAAGGCGGCGAGCGUUUUGCUUUGAGUAUUGUCACCGAUGGAAAGCACGGGAAAGAUGUAUCUAUUACAGGUCAACUGGGGCGCUCGAUCGCUACUCCUGUUGAUGGUCCGGGUGUUGCUAUUCCCAGGGGUGUUGAUCUAGAUGCUUUCUGGAACAUGGUCCUACAAUGUGUCCAGCUGGCCGAUGAUUGCAAUGCUGCACGCGUGGCCUGA